AUGCGCAGGCGGCGCCGUAGCAGGCGCGGCGGCGGGAACGCGGCGACGAGACGUCGCGGCGGAGGGACGGGCAGGCGGCGACGAGGCGUCGCGGCGGCAGGAUGCGCAGGCGGCGCCGUAGCAGGCGCAGCGGCGGGAACGUGGCGACGUGACGUCGCGGCGGAGGGACGGGCAGCGGGCAGGCGGCGACGAGGCGUCGCGGCGGCAGGAUGCGCAGGCAGCGCCGAAUCAGGCGCGGCGGCGAGAAGGGGAGGCGGCGACAGGGGGUCGCGGCGGGGGGGAGGAGGGGACAGCGGCGUUGCGCUCGCGGCGGUGGAAUCCGCAGGCGAGGAAGGCGUAAUCGCGGCGGGAGGGGGGGGGAACGGCGGCGACGGCUCACAUGUGUUGGCAUGCUACACAAUAUAUAUUUUAACACCCACCUCGCUCCCACCUCGCUGCCACCUGCCCACCUCGCUGCCACCUGCCCACCUCGCUGCCACCUGCCCACCUCGCUGCCACCUGCCCACCUCGCUGUCACCUCCCCACCUCGCUGCCACCUCCCCACCUCGCUGCCACCUCCCCACCUCGCUGUCACCUGCCCACCUCGCUGCCACCUGCCCACCUCGCUGCCACCUGCCCACCUCGCUGUCACCUGCCCAUCUCGCUGCCACCUGCCCACCUCGCUGCCACCUGCCCACCUCGCUGUCACCUGCCCACCUCGCUGUCACCUGCCCACCUCGAUGCCACCUCCCCACCUCGCUGUCACCUCCCCACCUCGCUGCCACCUGCCCACCUCGCUGUCACCUCCCCACCUCGCUGCCACCUGCCCACCUCGCUGCCACCUGCCCACCUCGCUGCCACCUCCCCACCUCGCUGCCACCUCCCCACCUCGCUGCCACCUCCCCACCUCGCUGCCACCUCCCCACCUCGCUGCCACCUGCCCACCUCGCUGCCACCUCCCCACCUCGCUGCCACCUCCCCACCUCGCUGCCACCUCCCCACCUCGCUGCCACCUCCCCACCUCGCUGCCACCUCCCCACCUCGCUGCCACCUGCCCACCUCGCUGCCACCUGCCCACCUCGCUGCCACCUCCCCACCUCGCUGCCACCUCCCCACCUCGCUGCCACCUCCCCACAUCGCUGCCACCUCCCCACCUCGCUGCCACCUGCCCACCUCGCUGCCACCUCCCCACCUCGCUGCCACCUCCCCACCUCGCUGCCACCUCCCCACCUCGCUGCCACCUCCCCACCUCGCUGCCACCUCCCCACCUCGCUGCCACCUCCCCACCUCGCUGCCACCUGCCCACCUCGCUGCCACCACCCCACCUCGCUGCCACCUCCCCACCUCGCUGCCACCUCCCCACCUCGCUGCCACCUCCCCACCUCGCUGCCACCUCCCCACCUCGCUGUCACCUCCCCACACUGCCAUGUCCACCGCGCUGCUCUCUCGUUCCCGGCAACCUGUCCUGCUUUCGCGCCUUUUGUUCCGCCAGUCAGCGCUGCUUCUCCUUGCAUCUCUCCCGCUCGCCUCAUUGCCCAAACCUCCUCCCCCCUUCCUCGCCUCCCUGCCUGUGUCUCGUUCCCCACCCAAGCUCACCCGGCGCCCCCCCGUGCGUCUUCAAUCCCCGUCCCCCCGUCCUUCCCCCCUCAGGACAUGGACGGGUUGCUGCAGGAGGCGAGGGGCGUGGCGGUGCGGCUGCCAGCGGUGGCGCAGCUGCAGGCCCGGCGGGACGACGCACGGCGCUGGGGAGAGAGGGCACGCGCACUGCUGGCGGCACUGGGGGGCAAGGAUGGGGGGAGGGGCAAGCAGGCACACAAACAGGGAAAAAAAGAAGGGCAGGGGCAAGAGGAGGGGCAGGGGCAUGCAGGAGCAGCUAGUGUGGCAAGCAGCAAGUGUGGCCCGGGCAGCCCUCCCCCCUCCAGACUCUCUCCCCCUUCUGCUCCCCCCACCACACCUGCUCCUGCCACCCCCCUGCCUGUCACUCGCACCACCGCUGCUGCUGCUCCCUCUCCAGCAACCCCUCCUCCCACCGUUGCUGCCUGCACUCCCUCUUCCCACCACCCUGCAUCCAUCCCCACUCCGUCUGCCACAGCCCCUGCUGCGCUCACAGCUUCUGCCACUGACGCCACCCCUCUUGCUGCCCCUUGCCCUGCCGCUGUCCAAGCUACUCUGCUUCUCCCGUCGCCUUCCGCCGCUGUCCCACUUGCCACUGUCACACCCGCCACUGUCACACCCGCCACUGUCACACCCGCCACUGUCACACCCGCGUCGGGCAGGCAGAGCGGGUGGAAGGAGGAGCUGGCAGCGCUGGUGGAGGCCGGCACGCGCAUGCACGUCACUCUGGGCGAGAUGGAGCAGGUGCAGCAGCAGCUGCAGCGCAUGCAGUGGGAGGAGGCGGCGGAGGGGGCGCUCAUGCGCCGUGCAUCAGUGGACGAGCUGCUGGCGCUGCAGGCGCAGGGGGAGCGGCUGCCCACGGGCAGUGCAGUGGUGGCGCGCGUGCACGCGGUGGUGGCGGCAGGCAGCGACUGGCAGGCCAGGGCGCAGAGGGCGCUGCAGGAGGGGUGCAGCCUGGAGGAGGGCGAGGCGAUGAGCAGGGAGGCGGAGGCCAUCCCAGCAUCGCUGGCAGGCCAUGCUCACCUGAUGUCAGUGCUGGCGUCAGCAAGGGCAGCAGCAGCUCGAGGCGACCAGCUGCUGCUGGCUGCCUUGACUGCAGAGGUCGUUGCGCUGCCCGUGCGUCCACCGCACGCACCACAGCUCGCCUCGCUGCUCUCUUCUCUCGCCGCCUGGCAAUCCGCCACCUCACACGCCCUCCACACCGCCACCACCUUGCUCUCACCACCCACCACAGUCACACCGACCACAGCAGCUGCAGCACAGAGCACCCAAGCCAGCCCGGCUGCAGUGCCCAUCGCCACCGAGUCAGGCGCCACACCCCUUGCAUCAGCACCAGCUGUGCCUGCAGGCAAGCCCCCCCCGGAGCUACUGGUGCCGGCAGCAGCAGCGAGCGCCAGUGCGGUUGAGCUGUCGUCGCUGCUCACCCAGGGGGCAGCACUGGGCGUGGCGGUGCCCGAGCUGCCGGCUGUGCGCGCGCUGCUGCAGCGCCUGCACUGGGAGGUCGCCGCCCAUGCCCUGCUGUCUGGCACUGCAGAUACUGCGGUGCAGAGUGGUGGUGUGGCGCAGGACAGUGCGGUGCAGGGUGGUGGUGAGAGGCGAGGCAAGCCCAGCGUGGAGGAGGUGGAGGCACUGGUGGCGGCUUACCCACUCACUGAUGCGCUCGCCCACCCUCCACCCCACCCAACGCCAUCAGCACCACCACUACCAUCAGCAGCUCCAUCCGAGGGCCUUGCUCAGCCUGCUGCAUCCGCCCCCUCUCCGCCCCCCUCGGCGCGCCUCUCCCUGCUGCACUCAGCCCUGGCGGACGCACGGCAGUGGGUGCAGGCGGCCAAUGAGAUGCUGACACGUGGCCCUGCCAGCUGUGAGGUGCAGGAGGUGGAGGCGAUGGUGGCACGUGGCAUGGCCUUGCAGGUGUGUGUGCACGACAAGUGCCACCAGCUCAGCACCGUCAUCGCCUCCCACAGGGAGUGGGUCAGCGAGGUGCAGCAACUGCUCGCCCCACGCCUCCCUGCGCCCACCUCACCACCUCCGCUGCUGCCCCGUGCACCUACCACAACACUUGCGCACCUCAAGGGCCUCCAGGUGCGCGGCAGCAGCAGCGUGGUGGCGAGCGGGGAGGCCCGGCAGGUGCAGCAGGCAGUGGCAGCGCUGGACGACUGGCUCGUUGCCUGCUGUGCUGCCCUCCGGGGGGGCUCAGGGGACGAGGGGGCGAGAGGAGGAGGCGAGGGGGCACAAGGGGAGGGGAGUGUGGCACCAGGGGAGGGUAAGGGGCUGCACGGGGAGGGCAAGGGGCGGGUGUGUGAGGAGGAGGUGGUGCGGAAGCUGAAGCACAUGCACAGCAGCGUGCAAGCAGCUCUUCAUCGCAUCUCCUCCCUGGCCCGCCGCACCGCUGCCCUCUCACACCUCACUGCUCUGCCGGCUCAACCCUUCUCUGCGUCAGCCAAUGCUCCUCAUCCCGCAGUGCUGGCAGGCAGUGCAGUAGGUGCCACCGCAGAUGCCGUGGCUGCCGCCGCAUCUCCCGCAGCCACGGCCCCCACAGCCACAGCACCAGCUCAUGCGCCGGCACCAGGUGUGGCACCGGCAGUAGCAGCAGCAGUGCGAGGGGCGCCAGAGGCAUCAGAGGCACCUGUACCUGCUCCGCCUGGUGCUGCUGCGGCGGCGGUUGCUGGAAGCGUCUCUUCGUCCGACACCGUUUGCUGGUGUGCGGUGCUGCACCACGCCCACCCUGCAUGUGCUGCUUCUGCUGGUUUCUCUGGCGGCAGCGACGGGCAGGCAGUGGUUGGCGGGCAGGCGGGAGGAGGCGGUGGGGAUGUCCGGGUUCGGGGAAAGCGCAGCGGUGGGAGGAGAGCCGCUGCUGUUGUGUGCGGUGCUGUUGGGCGAGAGAGUGGUGCAGGCGGCGCAGGGAUGUCAUGGGAGAAGAGGGAAGAGAAGGCAGGAGAAGCAAGAGGCGAUAGGGAAGGGAAUAUGGGAGCAGUGCGUUUGGAGAAGGGUGAAGCAAAGGAGGAGGAGCAGAAAUUCCACGCCGACUGUCUCUCAUACUUGCAUGCUGCCGCCCCCUCCGCCGCUCAAGACGAGCAGCAGCAGGAGAAGGCGCAAGAGCAGAAGCGAGAGGCAGCAGGGCAGCAGCAGGCAAGGGCAGAGCAGGGUGGGGGGGCGGGUGGUGGGGUAGUUCCACCAGGUACAGACAGAGACAGCCACCCACAGCCGCAGCAGCGGCAACGGCACGACCAGAGCACUGAGCAACAGCAGCCGUUGCCGCCGCAGCAGCAGCAGCAGCAGCAGCAGCAGCAGGGUCCCUUCACAUGCCCGUUCUGCUCCUCCCUCGCCUCAGCAGCCGUCACACCUGCCGUCUCAGCAUUGUUCCAUGUACGUCCUGCCGCCCCACUGCUCCUGCUAAAAUGCCAUACCACCACAGGAGCACGCUUGCACGUCCCUCUUCCACUUGCACGUCCCUCUUCCACCUGCACGUCCCUCUUCCACCUGCACGUCCCUCUUCCACCUGCACAUGCAUCCGCCUCACUUGCCACCAGCAGCGCGACCUCGUCGCCUGCCCCGCGUGUCGCUGCGGUGCUUGGUGGGCCUGCUCUCUCGCGCUCUCCCUCUCCACCCCAGGAUCGCAGCCGUGCACAGCUUGGAGCAACUCGUCCAAUCAGCAACGCGUUGCUCUCACUUGCUGACAUCAGCGCUCUCCACCACCCUGUCCUUGCCACGUCAUGCCGAACCCCUGCCUCCCUCCAUACUCAGCUGUCUGCUUCAGGUGAUUUUUCAGCAUUGUUUCAGGUUAUGGCUGACCCUUUGUCUCAAGUGGCCUCCUGUCUUCCACUCGACAUGCCACUUGCCUCUCCGCCAUCGCUCUCCUCCACUGCCCCUGCUGCCACACCAGCGGCACCAGAUUCAAUAGCAGCGCAGGCAGCAGAGCCUCUUGCCUCGUGGCUGCUGCACGUGAAUGCAGUUCUCUCACCGCCCACACGCCAGCAGCAGCAGCAGCAUCUGGUGCAAGGGGAUCACACGAAGCAUGUCACCGGCACUGCAGCUGCUGCCGCGGCAGCGACUGUGGGAGUGGUGGCUGGAGGGCAACAGGAGGUGCAGCAGUCGGCAGGGCAGAGCGCCAAGGAUGGUGGAGGAGGGCCAACAGUGCCGACAGGGCCAGCGGCAGCGGCGGUGUCGGAGGCAGGGACAGGCUGCUCUGUUGAGGCGGGCGGCACGCUGGCGGUGAUGCAGAGGGCAGUGGCCGCCCACUGCUGGAGGGCUGCCACGUGUAGCGCUCUCAUUGGCCGUCCACGGCCCCGACCUUCCACCCUGGCACAGCUGGUGCAGACGAGUCUUUUUCUGUCCCACCUUCUUCCAUCUCUCAAUCCUCCUCCUUCACCCCUCCCCUCCCCUGUCUGUCCUCCAGGGCUCGCACACAGUAGGCACAACAACGUUCUCGGGGAAGCCAAACAGCGACACGAGGCAGCUUCUGAGUGGCUGUCUUGCUUCAGCAAGGCACUCUCAUCUCAGUCACAGCUGUCAGAGCGCCAGGCCGCCCAGCGUCUAUCACAUCUGCGUGCGCUCAUCAGCCACGCCUCUGCCCUGCCUGUGGACCUGCGCCCAGAGAUCAAGGUGAGCAGCGAACCUGCUGCUGUCGUCAUGGAGAAUGCUGAUCAAACCCUGCGCCGCGCUGUGGCCCGCCUGGCAUCGCGCCUCAAGGCUGAUACCGCUGCAACUACUCCUCCUGCCACUCAAUCGCCUCCUCCCACCGCACCACCCACUGCAUCGCUGCUCACCGCACCCUCUCCCGCACGCACAGCGACGCCUCUGGCUGUAGCAAAAACUGUAGCGCCGUCAGGCAAAGCAGCUGCGACAGCACGUGGGGGAAUCGGCACCGCAGGUGCUGCCUCGGAACUGAAGGCGUCCGGGCUGAAAGGCUCUCGCAGUGCCAAGCGGAAGCUGGCAGCAGGCGGGGAAGGCAAGGCAGUGCGUGUGGCUGGCGCUGGUGCCACGGCCGCAGCCACCAAGGGCAAGAGGAGCCCUCGCGCCCUGCACGCAGCGGCCCUGCAAGGAGGCAGCUGCAUGGCCGUGCCUGCUUGUGCUACAACCUGCCCCCGUGGCCCGACUGUAACAUACGAGCCUGCCCCCGCCUCCUGCAUCGCCUCACCGCUUCUGCCUGCCUGCUCCUCCCUUCCUCAACCCACCAAUCCAUCCCGCAUGGCCUCUCGCCCUCUCUCCCCUUCACUCCCUGCCCCCCCGGCCACCUCCCCUGCUGCUGCUCCUCUGCCUGCACCGCUGGCAUCGCCAGCUGCCUGCCCGCCUGCCCCAGGGGGUGAGGCAGGGGCAGGCGUGAGAGUGAGUGGGAAGAGGAGCAGGUCCGUGAGGAAGAGGAGGAGAGAGGUAGUUUGGAGGGGAGUGGUGGGGGAGGCGGUGAGGUGA